AAGCCCCUGGUGCAUCUCCUCUUCUCCCUCGUGGUCUGAGCCGUCCCCGCCUCGUUGCGCGGUUUCGGCCGCCGCCCGCCGCCGUCGAACCGCCCCCUGCAGUGCUCCUCCGCCGCUCCCGACCGUCCCUUUGCGUUAAUGUCUUCUCCGGGUCUACAUGGUGGCUGUGGUUUGGGAAUUAUAAGGCCAAGGGCCAAGACCUCUUCGGUUUGGAAGGUGAGACAAAAAAGAGGUUUGAGGACCUCUUGGAAAAAUUAGGUGAAGUUCAAGCUACUAUUGAAGAACAUGAUGAGCUCAUGGACGAGAAGGUAAGACUUGAGUGCGUGGCCGCUCAUGAGAUUGCGGAGCUUAAUGAAGCUCUUGAGGAAGAACAAGCAAAUAGGGAAGCUAUUGAGUCUCUUACUAAGGAACUUGCUAAAAUUAAAGAUUCCUAUGAGAAUGCUAUGUGCCUUGCUAAUGAUUACUAUGCUAGGAUAUGUGAAAUUGAGUAUUGUCAUAGGAACCCUUUUGAGAACUUUGACAAACUUGAAAAGGAUCACAAGUCCUUGACAAGUGAGUACAAGUCUCUCAAAGAGUCUUCUGAUCAUCUUCAUCUUCUAUAUUCUCUUGUUAAGAAAUUAAUUUCUAAUGAUAAAGAUGCUUAACUAACCCUUGUUGUAAGCAUACAUCUAUGAUUGAGGAGAAUGUUAGGUUGAAGGCUCAACUUGAAAAGAGCCUAGCCACUUGUUUCCAAGGGGAGAAGAACUUUCAUGAUCUUUUGAAUGAUCAUAGAAAGAUUUUGGAUUGGAGGGAAUUGGGUAUAACCCCAAUGAGAAGAGCAACAACAAGAAGAAGGCCACGGCUCCUUCCCACACUAAUGUUUAUUUUGUGAAGGAAGGGGAGGCGGUCAAGGAGAAGCCAAAGAAAAAGAAGGGUGGCAAGGCCACUUAUGAUAAUAGUGCCGGGGAUUUCAAUCCCUCGAAUGUUCUUUGUCGUACUAAUGAUGUGCAUGUUUAUGCCAAAUUUGUUGGUUCUCCUCAUGAAUAUGUUCAUUGGUCUAUUUGGGUUCCUAAGACCCUUGUUGCUAACGCUAAAGGACCCAUUCAAAGAUGGGUACCUAAAACCAAAGCUUAAACAUGUAGAAGGUUGCUUUCGGUGGAUCUUCAUGGAUAGUGCAUAGUGGAUGCCAAAAUGAGUACAUCAAGGUCCAAGCAAGUUACAUU